UCUUCGAUGAAAAUGAUGUCUUUAUUAUUAUUCAAAUUCAUGACGAUAUUAAUGAAGAUAAAAGAUUUCGCAUCAAAAUUUUGUCCUAAACAUUUGAAAUUAUUAUUACCAAUGCAGCUAUUAUUAUCAACAUGAUGAUGAUAAUGAUGAUGGUGUUGAUGAUGAUGAUGAUGAUGAUCAGUGGAAAUUUAUGUGAAAAAAUUUACACUUUUCUGUCGCCAUAAUUAAAAUUACGUUUUAUUUCUUUUCUUCUUUUUUUUUGAUUUAAAAUAUUUUAAAAAUUUAAAUUUUUCAUUCAUACACACACACACACACACACACCUACAUUUGCCAUGUCGGCGGAUGAUUCAGAUAACGAUAGUUGCCAUUCAUCAUCGUCAUCAUCAUCAUCGGCAUCAUCUUCCGAAUCAUCUACUUCAUCUUCAUCAUCAAAUUCGUCAUCAUCAUCAUCAUCAUCGUCUAAAUCACAUUCAUCUUCAUCUGCAUCAAAACAAUCUUCCGCUUCAUCUUCCUCAUCGUCAUCAUCUGGCUCUUCAUCUUCUUCCGAAUCCGAUGAUGAUAGCUCACAGCAAACAUCACUUCCAGAAAAAGCAGCAGUGAAAAUAGCUGAUGAUCAUCAUGAAUCAUCAGGUGCAUCAUCGUGUUCUGAAAAUGAAUCUGGUUCUGAUUCAGAUGAUGGCUCUGAAUCAUCAUCAACAUCCCCUUCAUCAUCAUCAUCAUCAUCAUCAAGUGAUGAUGAAAAUGAUGAUGAAAACGUAGAAGAAGAGGAAGAAGAAGAUGGCGAGGAAAUGGCUGCAAGUGAUUCCAAUGAUGAUGAUGAUGAAGAAUGUAGUGGUUAUUCAUCGGAUUCAUCAAAAAGUAGUACACGAUCAUCAUCAAAUCAAUUUCGAUAUUCAAAUGAAGUAAUCAUUAUGGCAAAUCGUAAUCAUUCAAAACGUUUUGUUGGUUCAUCAUCAUCAUCGUCAUCAACAGCAGCUACACCAUCAAAAGAUAAUGACAAUCUAUUCACUAGUCUAUGUAAAUCACCUAAUUCUUUGCCACGAAUAUCAUUCAUGUCCGGUUUAACUGAAAAUAAUAAAUCAUCAUUACAAGGGCUUCCGAAUCGGUUGCAUGCUACCGUACCGGCACCAGAUGCACGGCCAAUUCCAUCACGAUCAACAUUCGACAAUCAACAGAAUCAGAAACAACAACAAUCCGGUUUUUCACAGAAGUUAUCAUUAGUAGCCGAAAAUGAUAUAGCAAAAAAACCAAAAUUCCGUACCAGAGUGAAAAAAGAAGAUAUUGUAGAUAUACCAAUUACUGAACGUGAUCGUGAAAUUCUUUUGGCAAUUGGAAAAAUUAAACGACAAAAACAACGACCAUCAGUAGAUCGUUUAUAUAAUCUUUUGGCUCGAUCAAAACAUUCUGAUUGGGAUACAAAAAAUAAAAUUCAAUGUCAUUUAGAUGAUAUGAUACUGCGGUCUUUAUUGGCACGUGUGAAUAAUGCUGAUAAAGGUUUUGUUUCUUAUCGUGAACUAAAUUCAGCCAUACCAAUUGUAGCGAUAAAUAAUCCAUUAAAAUCUCGUGUACAUCUUCUUAAUGAUAUCUCAAAAAGCAGUGAUAAUAAUAAUCAGACAGCUAAAACCUGUCAAAGUACAUCGCCAACGUUUCCAAAAAAUUCAUCUACAAAAACAAAAUCCGUAUCAACAUCAACGACUACAACAACAACAACAUUGAAUUCGAUUGAUGAAUCAAUCGAAAGAGUUGUACGAAGAUAUUGUAAAGAUUCAUUGAAUAGACAACAAUCAAUCACAACAACAAGUAUUGAUAAUGAUAGUGAAAAUAAUAAUCAUCGAUCAUAUCUACACCGGAAAUGUGGAAUGUGUGGCCAUAGUACUAAAGAUGAUGAAAAUGAUGAGCUUAUUACUUGUUCUGUUUGUGGAAUGUCUGGUCAUUCAUCUUGUUUAGGUUGUUCACCUUCAUUAUUAGCCCGUAUUCGACAAUUACCGAAUUGGGAAUGUCCAAAUUGUAAAAAAUGUCCACGUUGUGGCCAACAUGAUGAUGAAACAAAUAUCGUUUGUGUUGUUUGUGAUCGUGCUUUUCAUCGUACAUGUUUACGUUGGAAUCCAUCUAAUUCGGUGUUCCUUUCCAAAUAUACAUGUGAUGAUUGUGAUAAAAUUUACGCAGAAGAUACAGUUUCAGCCACCACAACUAUUACAACUACCAAAAAUAAUAAUAAUCGUAAUUCAUUCAAUAGUCAUUCAUCAUCUGGAAUAAUCCAACAACAACCUGAAAUAAAAUUAGCCACAGCAAUUCGACAUCAUCCAUCAAUUGAAAACAACAUAAACAUAAACAACAAAGACCAAAAUCAUUUGAAUCCAAUCAUAAACGACGUUACGAUAGUCCUGAUACAACAAAUUCAUUUGAAUUAAAACAACAAUCAACAUUAACGCCGAAAUCUGAAGAAAAUUCUACACAAUUAUUAGAAUUUUGUCGAAAAUAUCUUGGCCGUCGUGGUCGACGUAAAGGUUCAUUCCAUUUAAAACGUGAUCUUGUAUCAUAUCGUACACUGACCCUACAACGAGCCAACUUAUCACAAUUGAAUUAUCAACUGAUUAGACCGGAGAUUGAAUCCAUAUGCACGACAACAACAACUGAACAAUCUUCAUCAUUAUUGCCUGAUAGUUCAGCAAUUUUAGAUAAUUUGGAUUCUGUUGUUGGAUCAGCUGAUCUUGAAAUAGUUGACAAUAAUAUCAUCAAUAAUAAUUAUUACAAUAAGGAGAAUAAUGGUGGUGAAAAUAAUUCAAUCAGUAAACGUAAUAAACGACGUAAAUAUCAUAAUAAACGCCAGAAUCUAAAUCGAACAGUAGAUGUAAAGAAUUUAACAAAAUUAGAAACAGAUUUAAAUUCUCGUAGCAGCAGUAUUAGUGUUGAUUUACAAAAUCAUUUUAAACAGUGAUCCAGUACUGGUCGUACCGGAAUCAGAUAACGGUGACGACGAAGAAGUUGAGAAAAUUCUUUCGACAUCAUCGAAUCAUAAAACGAAACGAACAAAAAUGAGAAAGUCAAACAAACAAACUUUGAUUACAGAAUUUUUGAUAAAAUCAUCCACAUCAUCAUCAUCAUCAUCAUCUUCGUCUGCGACCAAAGCUCAUGAGAAUCAAUCAGCAGAUGAAAAUGGUAAUGGUAGCUGUGAUGAUGAUGAUAAUGAUAAUGGUGAACAUGGUCGUACAACGAAUAAACAAAAAUCUAGUUCCAAACAAACAACAACGAAUGCUUCGGUAAAAAGUCGGCAAAAAAACGAAGUCGGAAAUUUACACCAAUUAAAAGGCGAAGGAAUCAACAACAGAAACAGCUUGAAACCGAUGUUUCUAUAAUCAUGGC